GAACUAAGUUGUAUUUCCAUGAAAUCCCCCUCGAGUCACAAGGCAGUGGUGAGGCGGAAGAGAGACGCCAGACACUCGGUAGUCGCGGCGCCCCUGCUGGCAAAUAUUUAUCUAUAUCUGCUGCUGCUGAGGCACAGGACAUCAGUGCCAGAGUAGCUGCAGCUGUAGUGAGAGAGUGACCAGCCAGCCAGUCCACCUACUUGUCAGCUAGGGAAGGAGGUUGCCAAGUGGUCAGCCAUGCCCAAUAGCCCAUCCAUGUAUGGUAUGGCUGUGCCCUCCUGUCCCCCUGGUCAUGUGUUGCCCCCAAAAGGGGGCAGCCCCACAGCCUGGCAGGCAGCAGCCUUGGGGAGGGCUCAUUGGGGUUACCUGAUACAUGGGCUGCUUCUUCCCAGCCGAUCCCAAACAUCACCCUCUUCUCAUCACUUCUCUCAGGGAACUGUCCAGCUCUUGGCCUGUGGCUCAAACCUCCAGUCACCAAGAAACCCUCAGCCACAGCUGACCUAUUGCCUUCCUCUCCUUGUGGAGAAGGUUGCCAACAGGCAGUGCAGCAAGUCUCGGUUGCAUGACUGAGCCUGCUGCCAGCACACACAGGGUGGGGUUAGGCACAGCGAGGGACCUUCAUCAUGCCUCUACAUCUGACUUCAUGAGUACAUCAGACAACCAUCUCCACUGCUACUAUCUGCAUCAUCAGCUGCUGCACUUCUGAGGAAACCUUGACCAUCCCACUCUCUGGAGAGUGAUAAGUCUGAGUUGGCAACAGUCCUGACCAGUGUGGGAGGUGCUGGCAAUCCUCCCUCCUUCCUCCCACAGCCCUGCUGUUGCCUUUCACUCACAUGGCAUCACAGACCAACCGUUCGUCAGACUAUUUACCCAGGAACAAAACUUUUUGCAUCUUGUCUGACUGCCUGUGAAGGUCAUUCAGCACACUGCCACAAGAGGUGGCAGAGGCAGUGGCUGGAGGGGGAUGUGUUGCUGUCCACUCAGGCAUCACCCAGCCAACACCAGCAGCUUCUGGCAGUGAGCUCUGGCCUCCCCAGCACACUUAGCUCCUGCCCACAUCUCAUCAUUAUUUUUCACCGGAGAUUGUCCUUCAGCUUGAGCCAUGGCUCCUGCAUCUUCCCUGGAAUCACCACCUCACCUGCUAUCCAUUUCCAGUACUCCAGGAGCAGUUGGGGUGCCUCCCAAGAGUCUCUUCGAGUCCAGGGACCACCUGCCUGGUGCCCAGGGCACCCCAGGGGCAGAGGCCCAUUCCUGCCCAUCAUCACGGCUUGCCACAGCAGUGGCUCCUGGCAUACCCAGUUGCUCAACCAGCCAGUGCCAGUGUCUGGGCUGUGCUGGUUCUAGCUGGGCCUGUGGGUAAGGACUGAAGAACGCAACUCUACUGCAUCUGCUCCAUAUGCUGCUUCUACUCUCUUCAUCUUCACAAUCUACAGAGUGCCAAGGAAGGCACCUUCAAGACUACUGAAUUGUGGAUCAAGUCUAGGGCUUCUUCAGUAUGUCCAGUCGCUAUAGCCGACCUCACACCCCUCCUGGACCCCCACCCAGUCAGGGGUCCCGCAAGUCAUCAGGACGUAAGAUCCCAUCUUCAUCAGUGUCCUCAAAAGCUCCACCCUCCAGGUCAUAUGAUGAUCACCACACCUAUGAUAAAACAUACACUAAGUCCUCCUCUUCCUCCUCCUACCCUCCACCUAAAGCUUACUCUGAUGACAAGUACAAAAGUUCCUCUGUGCGCAAAGUGGGCAGUGAGAAAGUGCCAAACAAUAGUAGUAGUAACAGUGGUGGCAAUAAGUACUCAAGUAAAGGCGACACCUACAGCAGUGAGGGUAGCAGGGAAUAUAAAGGCACUAGGGAAGUGCAUUAUCCAAGCGGAGACAGGUACAACAGUAAGGAUUCACACCUCCACCAGCACCCAUUUUUGGGCUCUUCCUAUACUGGAGAGAAGACCAGAUACUCUGACAAAUAUCUUGCUGGUUCCUCUCCUCCCCCUCCACCCUAUGGGGACACCAAGUAUGUAGGCAAGAAAUAUGCAGAUGACUAUGAUCCUUAUCUACCAGAAAAGUCUUCAGGAAGGUACUCUUCCUCCACCUCCCUACGUCAUGAAGGAAGCGCUUACUACUCCUCAGGCUCUCUAGCUUCUUAUAGCCCUUUCAGCUCAUACAAUUCAUAUGGGGCUUAUGGGAGUAGCUAUGGAAAUAGAGGAGGGUACAGGGAGCUAUGCGAGUGCAGACAAGUUGAACUACGAGUCUGAUAAGCUGACUCCUAGUACUUACAACAGCUUGGACAAACUGAGCCAGGUUCCCCUCCAUCCAAGGGAUAAGCUUUCAUCAGGAGGCUACUCAGAUACCAAGUUGGGCCCCAGGAGUAGGCUCUAUCCAGAGGACAGCCGACAAGCCUACAGGGACUACACAUCCCCACCUGCAUGUUCCAGCAGCAGGUCCCCUUUACGUGGAGUUACCAGUGGCUCUUAUGGUAAUUAUGGCCAUUACUCCCCUCCUCCACGCUCUCCACAACGACAGUAUCUUAACAGGUACGUCAUUGGGGACAGUGUAGUGUAUGGUCCACCAGGCCACUACCCAAGAGACCUACGCUCCACCUCCCCUCGGAUUCGGCCCCCUUCUCCUCCCUCACCUCAGCCUCUCAUGCCACGCAGUUACGCCCGAUAUCCUGCCAGCCCAAGAAGGUAUCCAUCUGGCAGUAACAGAAGGAGCCCACCAGCCUCUUCUUCCCAAUACCGUUCACCUUCACCAGCUGCUAGGAGAGCUGCUUCACCUCGGCGUCCCCCAUCACCACCUCCAAGACGACCUCCUUCUCCACGAAGUCCCCAGCUCAGAUCAUCAUACAGAGGGAGCCGUGAACAGAGCUUUGAACGGGCCAGGUCCAAGGACAGGUACAUCAGUAAGGGAAGUGCAGUGAGGAGCCCAGCACGGGACACCCGGACAGCAACCAUCAGUCGGAGUGAACUUAACAGCAGGGGAGACCGAGAUAAGAGAAAGGAACCAGAGCGAAGAUUAGCAACCUCACGCGAGAAGACACAUGAUGUUGAGUCUUCCAAGCGAGCCCGAACAGGAGAACGCAAUUCUGAGUACCACUAUAGUGGCUCCCGGGGCUGGGGAUCCAAAGAAACCACUACUACCUCCAGCAAUCACUUGUCCUCUAGCCAGAAGGACAGACGACCCCGCACUCCGCCACCCACCUCCAGGAGCAAUGUAAGGAGUACGGAUCUACCCAGGGACAGGAGAAGGGAGGACAGCAGGGAGAGGGACAAAAGCAGAAGGAUAGAGGACCGACUUGGACCUUCACCUUCACAGACCUCUCGCAGGAGUCCAACUCUCAGGCCUCGAGCCACACGAAGGACAGGAUCUCCAAGAGACAAGAGAAGCAGUAGUCGACGCCAUCCAGACCUGCGGCUGUGGAUAGAGUCCCGUAAGUCUGAGGGAGGGAAACGGCUGGCAUCCCCAAGCAGCAGGGCACGGCCAGUGAGUAAGAGGGUGGCCCGUUCCAGUGAAAGGUCCACUGUUACCAAGAGAGCACGCCUUGGGGAUCCCAAAAGGAGACUAGGUGGCUACAAGACACGCAGGAGAGCUCUUCCCCUUAAGAGGAACAAGAUUCUAAAAAAGUACCAGCGACUAACAGCCAAGAGAGGAGCCAACAAAGCCAGCAGCAGCUCAGCCAAGCUCAGCAGCCGAGAGAAUGGAGGCAGCCGUGGGGAUGGGGGUGACGAAGGCAGCAAGAGCAGGGAGGAUGGUGGUGGAGGUGGUGAUGGACCACGACCCCCUGGCAGCUCUGCCACUAUCCGCCGUGUGAUCAAGAAGCCAAAGGUGCUGAGUCUGGUGAACCGCAUGGUGCUCAAGCCUCGGGUCAUCAGGAAACCAACCCAAAAGUUACUUAAGGACCCCAAGGAGGAGAUGAAGGCCAAGGAAAAGACCCAGUCUGAAUCCCAACAGAGCACAAAGGAUACAAACAAAUCUGAUGAAAAACAGAGCACAUCUUCCUCCAGUGCUGCCAACACCACCACAAACUGCACCAGUGCUUCAUCCAGCUCUGCUACACCAGCAGCUACCAUUACCACCACCUCUGCCUAUGAAUCCAGCAGCAAACGCUCUUCACGGUCCACUGCUGCCCCCACAAAUACCACCACUACCACUACCACCUCCUCAUCCUAAUAUUUCUGACAAGACUGAGUCAAACAUUCUGGCAAUAACUCCUUUGUGAUACAUCGCCAAGUCCUCUUCCUUUGUUAAGGCUUUUUUCGGGUUGUUUACUUUCUUAUGUUGUAGCCAUUGGGGGUUGAAACAGUGGGGUUUGUGAGGUGUUGGCCAGGGCUGUGGUGGUGGUGGCGAAUGGUGGAGGAAGGCAAGGCUAGUGAUGAUGAAGAUUAAUUGUUUGGAAUGAAGUAACCAGUGCUGUUACCUCAUUGUAUUGAUGUUACUAGCAAAUAAUGAGUAGGGCAGCACUGGCCUGUGCUGGGCAGGCCCUUCCCAGUGUGGUGUUUCUUGAAUGUUAGGUAGACAUUCAUUCAUACUUAAAGGAGUGUUAGUUAUGGUGCUGCCUCAAACACACACACACACACACACACACACACACACACACACACACACACACACACACACACACACACACACACACACACACACACACACACAAA